GGUAUAAGUCCUAAUAAAUAAAUGAAAAACUUAAUAAGAAAUCAUAAGACAAAGCACAUCUGGAAAUGCAACUGAAUUUGGCCUUGCCUGAUGGAUGAAACUUGUAAGAAUGGAAACUCAACAAAUCAAUAAACGGGCUUGUCCUGCACUUGCCAACUCUGACAAGCUACUUGAGACUUCAGCAGAAAUAAAGGAUGAAACCGAAGUGAAGGUCCACUGCCAUUUUCAGAAAGACAGUUCACAUCCAGUGCUUCUGUCUCAUUUGACAUACAAUGAAACAUCUAUGGAAUUAACCAAAGAUAUUUGUUCUCUGUAUGCAGAUGGAAAGUCUACAGAAAAUCAGACUGAUGGAGAAUUACUGUAUCCCUCAGAUUGCAAUGGAGUGGGUGAUCAAACUCAGUCUUCUUCUCAUCUUCUGCCUAAAUCAAGCUCUGAUGAGAGAUCAGACAAAAAUCAUGAAAUUAAUCUUUUUAAAAAGAAGCAAAAUACUGGUAGCUGUUCAGACAUCCAAUUGUCAUCACCCAGAAAUAACUGUGUAUUUCAGGUUGAUGAGAUGACAAAUAUAGAUGUUUCUUCAUCAGAAGAUCAAGAAGAUGAGGAGGAUGAGGAUAUUUUUACAGAGCUACCAGUAAAUGAGACAGUCUUGGAAAGUACGCACAAAACAUACCUUUUUCAAGCAAGAGGAGACAGAUAUCACUGCAUCAGCGAUAAAUGCCACCUUCCUCCUGUCAUUGGUUGCAGUGAUCACAAUCAGAAGACACUGAAAGAGUACAAAAUGCAUGUGAAGGCACAGUCUGUAAAGGAAGGAGAAUGUUCAGAAUCUAUGUUGCAUCUGAUGAAGAAACUGGAGCAGCUGAAUAUAGAUAUCGAAGAAGCUCUCAGCAUUGGCUCCUCUCCUUCUGGGACUCCACAAACCAAAAGGCAUAAACAGAUGAUGCUGUCUCAGAAACUGGAUAGAGAAAAAGCAGUUAAGCUAGAUAAUCACCACGUUUUCGACCUAAAUUAUGUGUCGCUACAGAUUGUCAAUGUGUAG